AUGAGCAAAAUUCCUCCACCAAACGACGACAACAACGAUUUCACAAAUCUCUUCAUCGGAAACCUCACUUUUAAUACAACAGAAAAGGAGCUUGAAGAUAUAUUCAAUUGCAACGGUUGUAAAGUGAAAAUCGUCACCGCUCCGCAAACUGGCCGCCCUCGAGGGUUUGGCUUUGUUGAGUUUCCGACACACGAAGAUGCUCUCAAAGCAAAGAACGAAUUUACGGGGAAAGAGGUGGACGGUCGUUUACUUCAACUUCGUUGGGAUCGUGGGUUUCGUGCAAAGGUAGUGGACAGAGACUACAAGUUACUGCUUCCGAAAGACAUGGCCGUUCUAAGAGUCGGUCCCGAAGCAGAUCUUCCUCCCGUCAAAGAUACUCCGCUCGGCGACGCAGUGACUCCAGAGAUGCAAGACGACACAGAAGACGUUCACCUUCUGACGAGUCAAGAAGUCGGUCGAGAAGCGACUCAAGGCACAGACACUCGAGGUAUUCAAGACGACAUUCCCGAAGUAAUUCACGUGACUUUUCACGUAGCAGAUCACGAAGUUGGUCAAGAAGCAGAUCAAGGAGGCAGAGAAAUUACGAAAGAGAUGACAGAGAAAGACGAUACGAAAAGCCCGAUUACAAGAAAGAGAAAGACUCCGCAAAUGACCAGCCCAAAGACAGAAAUGGAGGGAAGUGAUAAAUUGAUGAUGUGUUGA